AUGCACGACCCCAGGAUCCCGCGCGGCAGUGUCUUUGCUCCAGUCAACACGUCGAGAUCAAGUGAGGGUCGGGAGAAGGCGAAGAAGCGGAGAAACACAGCAAAUAAAAGGAGGAGUAACAACAAUAGGAACCAUGUGAACGCCUUUAAGACGAUGGCUGGACCGUCAAACGGAUACAAUUCACAUUACGCCGUGGUAGUCACUUCGAUAUCACUGGCUUCGAACCUGAUUGAACAAACGCAGCCAACAUCAGAGCGCGAGUCCUUCAGCCAGACGGACGAGUUCUUAUCGCGGACGAUUGAAGAAUCCGAUGGACUGUUUAACUUUGAUGUCGAGGUGAAGCCGCUUUUGAAUGUAUUGGUGAACAAAACACUCGCGCAAGCAUUGUUGGAAGUGAAGGAAGAGCAGGAGAUGCAGAUUUUACACUGUCAGCAUGAAGUGCUGAAGGCCGAAAAAAGUGACGCAAGACAAGAGGAGCGUGAGUUGGAGGAGAAGGCUAAGGAAGCAAACCGCAGGAAAGAGCUCGUAAAGAAGAAGAAAGAUGAGCAGCAGAUACACGACCAGAUUAUGCGCAGGAAGCUGUUCGCGUGGCAGUUUUCGCGUCCUCUGGUAUCCCAGGCGAUCGAUCAGGCAACAGCUACACUGCAGAACAAGGGAGUAUUUUAUGAUCCAAUGCUCCGAAAUCUUGUUAUUUGGCUCUCAAAGGGUAUUUACGAUGGUGCCGACAAUGUCAUUUGUUUGCGUGGUCUCGCGACGGAGUUGUUAGAUGGUACGUUUUACAUUGGAAGCUGGUGA